AAAGAGCAGUGAGGCAUUGGUUAUCCUCUCUCUCCCUCUCUCCAUCACUCUCGUCAUCGUCUCUCUCUCUCGACGACACACAUACACUCACACUCGAGCGAUAGCAGGAGAGCUGAGAACUUCUUUAUAGACGAACGACAAGCAUGGCUUCUCUUCCUGUAAUCUGAAUGGUAAAGUCGGUUCUCAAAUGAUCGUCUAACUUCACUUUUGUCCUAAAAGAGUUGGCGUCAUAAUUGCCAAAGCAAUGGCAAUUGGUGCUGUGAUUUCGAGCCGCAACUUUGGUUCUUUUACUGGUUCAGGAAAAGUAUGUCAAACAGAGAAGGCUGAUAGACAUCAGAGAGGAGAACUAGGUGUUUGUAGUUUGACAUAUGCACGGGGAACUAUUUUUAAAACGAGGCCCCCUAUUUCAAGGGAAUUCUGUUCAUAUAAGUUUAAACAUUCUUGUUAUCCGGUGGGAGUCCUUGGUGGAGUGAAGCAUCAUCCUCUUUCAAACCAUCUACAGUGCAGUGAAAAUUUUCAUAUCAUUAAUCUUAAGAGGAGAAUUCAGCGAAGAUGUGACUGUUUACUGUUUUCAGAUUCUUCUCAUAGAAGUUGGUCUAAACCAUUAAAGCUGGAUAAGCUUGGUAUAUCUGAUGGGCAAUUCCAGAAGUGCGAGUAUCGUCAAGCAACGACUACACGUGCUGAUUAUAAACCAGAACACUUUGACAUAACUGAACCAUUAGACCCACGUAAUACUUCAGAGGCAUCCGCUGAAGUUGUUUUAGUUGAAGGGAAUGUUCAGAAGAUAACUUCUUGGUGGAAGCAGUUUCCAAAACGUUGGGUGAUUGUAUUACUUUGUUUUUCAGCAUUUCUCCUUUGCAACAUGGAUCGUGUGAACAUGAGCAUUGCCAUACUUCCAAUGUCACAGGAGUUCAACUGGAAUUCUGCCACUGUUGGUCUAAUCCAGUCUUCUUUUUUCUGGGGCUACCUACUCACUCAGAUUAUUGGUGGUAUAUGGGCAGAUAAAAUUGGUGGCAAGCUGGUAUUGGGUUUUGGGGUGGUCUGGUGGUCAGUAGCAACUGUUCUAACACCUCUAGCUGCAAAAGUUGGGCUCCCUUUCUUACUUAUAAUGCGUGCUUUUAUGGGGAUUGGUGAGGGCGUUGCUAUGCCAGCAAUGAAUAACAUACUUUCAAAGUGGGUUCCUGUAUCUGAGAGAAGUAGAUCCCUUGCACUAGUAUACAGUGGCAUGUACCUUGGCUCUGUCAUAGGCCUUGCCUUUUCUCCUGUUCUAAUCCACAAUUUUGGAUGGCCUUCUGUGUUUUACUCUUUUGGCUCCCUUGGAAGUAUUUGGUUUGCACUAUGGCUGAGUAAGGCACACAGCUCACCACAGGAAGAUCCAGAGCUUCAUAUAGAGGAAAAGAAGCUUAUCCUGGGGGAAAGUCAAUCAAAAGAACCUGUUUCAGUCAUUCCAUGGAAAUUGAUUUUGUCAAAGGCACCUGUCUGGGCUUUGAUAAUCUCUCACUUUUGUCACAACUGGGGAACAUUUAUUCUUCUUACAUGGAUGCCUACUUACUACAAUCAGGUCUUGAAAUUCAAUCUUACGGAGUCUGGACUGUUCUGUGUAUUGCCAUGGUUAACCAUGGCUGUGUUUGCAAAUUUAGGAGGUUGGAUUGCAGACACUCUUGUGAGCAAAGGUCUUUCAAUAACUGCAGUUCGUAAGAUCAUGCAAUCAAUUGGGUUUCUAGGCCCAGCAUUCUUUUUGACACAGCUGAGCUAUGUCCGGACUCCAGCCAUGGCAGUGCUAUGCAUGGCAUGCAGUCAGGGAUCGGAUGCAUUCUCACAAUCUGGUUUGUACUCCAAUCACCAAGACAUUGGACCGCGUUAUGCGGGAGUAUUGCUGGGUCUAUCGAACACUGCUGGAGUGCUUGCCGGUGUCUUUGGUACAGCCGCAACUGGCUAUAUUCUCCAACGGGGGUCGUGGGAUGAUGUCUUUAAGGUGGCUGUUGCCUUGUACAUCAUUGGCACUUUGAUCUGGAACUUAUUUGCUACAGGGGAAAAAAUUCUUGACUAGAAAUAGAAGAUAAAAGAAACUCAAUAAAGAAAUAUUAAACCUAUGGCUAAUAAUCAAGAAUCAGAGUUUCUAAACAAAGGAGAUACAGAGGAAGACAUCUUUCAAAUUCGAGGUGACGAAGGGAAGAGAGUAAAACAAGAACGUCGACAUCUGGGACUCGCUUGAAGUUUGAAGCCAAUACUCUCCACCGAAUGGGGGGUUGUGGUUUGCCUUGGAAACCAUCUUCUUCAUUGGAGUUAAUAAAGUUUACCUUGUUCUUAAUUUAUAUGUUUUUGUUAGGUAAUUUUGGGCAAUUAAGCCCAUAAAUCACUUCGUCUUAAUUUUAGAAUGUAAUCUAAAAAACCACAUUUUUUUUAUUCGGUAAAUAAUCUAAGAAAACCACAUAUUUAC